AUGUUGGCAGCCAUCUUCUUUGCAGCUUUGGUGGCUGUCGGCUCCACGCAAUCGACAGAUAACAAAUUCCCGAAUGGCUUCUUUAUGGGAUGUGCAACGGCUUCCUACCAGAUAGAGGGAGCGUGGAACGAAGAUGGCAAGGGAGAGAAUAUCUGGGACCACAUGUUUCACGAGCAUCCGGAAUACGGAACAAACGGCGACAAUGGGGACGUGGCCUGUGAUUCUUACCACAAGUACAAGGAGGAUGUGCAGAUGCUGAAGGCUCUAAAUGUGGACGUGUACCGCUUCUCUAUCUCCUGGCCUCGCAUCUUGCCGACUGGAGAUGUGGACAUUAUCAACCAGCCGGGCAUCGACUACUACAAUAACCUCAUCAACGAACUCCUCGACAACGGCAUCCAACCCAUGGUGACAAUGUACCACUGGGAUCUGCCACAAGCGCUGCAGUACAUUGGCGGCUGGACCAACGGCCUGAUGGCAGACUACUUCGUGGAGUACGCCAGGGUGCUGUUUGACAAUUUCGGCGACAGGGUGAAGUGGUGGAUCACUUUCAACGAGCCGGAGGCGUUCGUGCGGGGCUACGCGAACGAAGGCUGGGCGCCCUCGCAACCUGCGCCUGGCAUCGGCGACUACCUGGCGGCGCACACCCUGCUCAAGGCGCACGGGCGCGUCUAUCGGCUGUACGACCAGCAGUACAGGGCAGCGCAGAACGGCAGUGUUGGAAUUACAUUGAAUAUCCAAGGAAGCGAGCCGCUUACGAAUUCGACAGAAGACAUUGAAGCUGCCGAGAGAUACCAGCAAUUUGAGGCAGGACUCUACGCUCAUCCCAUCUUCAGUCAAGAGGGCGACUACCCGGCAGUGAUGCGUGAGAGAGUAGAUGCGAACAGUGAGGAGGAGGGCCGACCUCGUUCGAGGUUGCCGAGUUUCACGCAGGAGGAAGUAGAAUACAUCAGAGGAUCUGCCGACUUCUUCGGGCUGAAUCACUACAGAACGUACUACAUUAUGAAUGGAGCGAACGCCACCUCGCCCUCGAGAGCCCACGACUCGGGCACAACUGCCGUCAGUAGUGGCUUUUAUUCUUGGGGCUUCCGGAAUUUACUGAACUGGAUUGUGAACGAAUAUCCCGGCUAUCGUAUUAUUGUGACUGAAAACGGAAUCGGAAACACCGGUGGACUAAAUGACACAGAUAGGAUACAAUAUUACACGGAUUAUCUAACAGCUCUCCUGCAAGCCGUGAAUAUUGAUGGAGUGCCAGUAAUUGGUUACACUGCAUGGAGUCUCAUGGACAACCUAGAAUGGACAUCCGGAUUCACGAAGAAAUUCGGAUUGUACGAGGUGGACUUCAACAGUCCAAACCGAACGAGAACUCCGAAGGAUUCGGCGACAUUCAUGGCGGAUAUCUUUCUUAGCAAACAGGUGCCUGAACUGAGCUGA